GCAGCAUCAUCCCUGCGUUAACCUACAAGAGCAACUUGCUGCUUCCUGGCAUCUCAGGCGUGAUCGAAAGGGAGGACAAUCAAGGAGGAUAUACAAACACUCAUAGUGUCGAGGACGAAGCAGUAGAGACCUCAGUGGAGGAGAGGUCAGCAAGACAGCAAGAGGAAGAGGAGAGUGACAGAGAGCUGGAAGUUCUGACCUGUGAAUCAGAGAUGUUUAGAUGCUGGGACGGAUCAAUCUGCAUUCCCAAGAACGCUACUUGUUCGGGUUUAGCGGAAUGCCCAGACGAGUCGGAUGAAGCUGUCUCCCAAUGCGGCUGCCUGACCAACGAGUACCAGUGUAAGAACGCCUGUAUCGACGUGCUGAGGAGAUGUGACACCGUAGCUGACUGUGAUGAAGCUGAGGAUGAACAACACUGUGAGACGUGGGUUUGUCCAGAGUCACAUUACAAAUGCACCAACAAUCUCUGUGUUCCCUCUGACGCCAUGUGUAACUUUGUGGAUGACUGUGGAGACAACUCUGAUGAGCACCAGUGUGAUUAUCGAAAGUGUUUCUACAGUGAGUUUACUUGUGCCAACGGCGAGUGUAUCCGACCCGGCCUUGUUUGUGAUGGCAUUCUUGACUGCAUUGAUGGCACUGAUGAAACGCAGUGCCAGCCAGGGUCGAGUCAGAGGUGUGAGAUGGUUGCAGGUGAGGAAGAAGCUUGGUGGUUUCCUUGCUCUGAUGGUCGAUGUAUUCCCUCAAGGCUGCGAUGUGACUGGAAGGUUGAUUGUCUUCAUGGAGAAGAUGAGAAGGACUGCCCUGUGAGUGAGUGUGAUGAUGAGCAGUGGCAGUGUGCAAGUGGUCAGUGUGUUCAACACAACGACAGAUGUGACCUCCACUUCGACUGUUACGAUAAAUCUGAUGAAAUGAACUGCAGUGAGCACCAGUGUGGGUCAGGAGAGGUCAAGUGCCACUCAGGUCAGUGUCUACCUCGGAGCUUCUGGUGUGAUCACAACAACGACUGUCCUGACAAGUCUGACGAACUCUACUGUGUGAAGGAGUGCACUGUGUCAGUGAAGGAGUGCACUGUGUCAGUGAAGGAGUGCACUGUGUCAAUGAAGGAGUGCACUGUGUCAGUGAAGGAGUGCACUGUGUCAGUGAAGGAGUGCACUGUGUCAGUGAAGGAGUGCACUGUGUCAGUGAAGGAGUGCAUUGUGUCAGUGAAGGAGUGCACUGUGUCAGUGAAGGAGUGCACUGUGUCAGUGGGGAUGAAGGAGUGCACUGUGUCAGUGAAGGAGUGCAUUGUGUCAGUGAAGGAGUGCAUUGUGUUAGUGAAGGAGUGCACUGUGUCAGUGAAGGCAUGCACUGUGUCAGUGAAGGAGUGUACUGUGUCAAUGAAGGAGUGCACUGUGUCAGUGAAGGCAUGCACUGUGUCAGUGAAGGAGUGCAUUGUGUCAGUGAAGGAGUGUCAACUGAUGUCAGUGAAGGAGUGCACUGUGUCAGUGAAGGAGUGCACUGUGUCAGUGAAGGAGUGCACUGUGUCAGUGAAGGAGUGCACUGUGUCAGUGAAGGAGUGCACUGUGUCAGUGAAGGAGUGUACUGUGUCAAAACGACAAGACUUUCAAGAGGAUGACUUCAGAGACAUCACUUGUGUGGCAUGUCUCCCUAAGUGGCCACCAUCUGUGGCAUGUCUCCCUAAGUGGCCACCAUCUGUGGCAUGUCUCCCUAAGGGACCACCAUCUGUGGCAUGUCUCCCUAAGUGGCCACUAUCUGUGGCAUGUCUCCCUAAGUGGCCACCAUCUGUGGCAUGUCUCCCUAAGGGGCCACCAUCUGUGGCAUGUCUCCCUAAGUGGCCACCAUCUGUGGCAUGUCUCCCUAAGUGGCCACCAUCUGUGGCAUGUCUCCCUAAGUGGCCACCAUCUGUGGCAUGUCUCCCUAAGUGGCCACCAUCUGUGACACGUCUCCCUAAGUGGCCACCAUCUGUGACACGUCUCCCUAAGUGGCCACCAUCUGUGACACGUCUCCCUAACUGGCCACCAUCUGUGGCAUGUUUUCCUAAGUGGCCACCAUCUGUGGCAUGUUUUCCUAAGUGGCCACCAUCUGUGGCAUGUCUCCCUAAGUGGCCACUAUCUGUGACACGUCUCCCUAAGUGGCCACCAUCUGUGACACGUCUCCCUAAGUGGCCACCAUCUGUGACACGUCUCCCUAAGUGGCCACCAUCUGUGACACGUCUUCCUAAGUGGCCACCAUCUGUGACACGUCUCCCUAAGUGGCCACCAUCUGUGACACGUCUCCCUAAGUGGCCACCAUCUGUGACACGUCUCCCUAAGUGGCCACCAUCUGUGACACGUCUCCCUAACUGGCCACCAUCUGUGGCAUGUUUUCCUAAGUGGCCACCAUCUGUGGCAUGUUUUCCUAAGUGGCCACCAUCUGUGGCAUGUCUCCCUAAGUGGCCACUAUCUGUGACACGUCUCCCUAAGUGGCCACCAUCUGUGACACGUCUCCCUAAGUGGCCACCAUCUGUGACACGUCUCCCUAAGUGGCCACCAUCUGUGACACGUCUCCCUAAGUGGCCACCAUCUAUGCCUCGUACUUGUGUGAAUAGGGCUGACAACUGCUACAUUUGUGGUGAGGUGACCUUUGCAUCACAGAAGCGCCGUGUAACUGCUAUGUUCCAUCAAUCACCACCGCCUCCUUCCACCAUGGAGAUGGACCAAUCAGAGACUGUCGAGCCGCCGCUAAAUCUCACCAAUGAGAGACCACCACCAUAUUCAUCCACCACCACCGUAAUGGACCAAUCAGUGACCUCCCCUGUCCUACCUCAGCUGCCACCAGCUAAGAGAGUUAAGUACUAUAACUUCGUGUUGAAACUCUCCUUGCCAAGGUCCUUGGAGACACUCCUUCCACAGCCACUACCGCCAGCUCUCCUGUGGCUACCUCAGCCAAUGAUAGCCAACCUCUAUUCAUUCAUACGCCUGGUAUCUCGUUCUAUACUACUGACCAAAACAAGAAUGCAAUGCUUGCCCAAUAACUCCACCAGCUACUCCAGGAUGGGACUGUUAAGCUCACCUUCGACUCCAAACAUGUCUACCCAACCGAACAAAUACUCCUGCGCCUCAGCCGUCAUUUACCAGACACCGCAACCCCCUUUCCAGUGCUCAAGGCAGGUUCCUGAAUGUCGCUGCCACCACCUUGAGGCUGACUGCUCGCGCCUUGACCUCCAGUACUUCCCUGAUAUUGAGAAGAACAUCAAUCGCUUCGUGUUCAGCGACAACAACUUGAGUGUCUCUCUGCACCAAAGACCAAUACAAGGUUACGAUAGAAUCGUCUACCUAGAUCUGUCAAGGAACAACAUCGAGUACCUUAAGAAAGGCACCUUCAAGCACCUAUGGCGUCUUCGCAUCCUCAUCUUAAGUGAGAACAUCACCUCCCUGUCUGAAGGAGCCUUCGAUGGUCUUCAUAACUUGCUGCACUCUGGUGACCACACCCCAACCACCUCUGGACUAGUGCACUCUGGUGACCACACCACCACCACCUCUGGACUAGUGCACUCUGGUGACCACACCACCACCACCUCUGGACUAGUGCACUCUGGUGACCACACCACCACCACCUCUGGACUAGUGCACUCUGGUGAUCACACAACCACCACCUCUGGACUAGUGCACUCUGGUGACCACACCAUCAACACUUCUGGACUAGUGCACUCUGGUGACCACACCACCAACACUUCUGGACUAGUGUACUCUGGUAACCACACAACCACCACCUCUGGACUAGUGUACUAUUGUGACCACACAACCACCACCUCUGGACUAGUGCACUCUGGUGACCACACCACCAACACUUCUGGACUAGUGCACUCUGGUGACCACACCACCUACACUUCAGGGCUAGUGUACUCUGGUAACCACACAACCACCACCUCUGGACUAGUGUACUCUGGUGACCACACAACCUCCACCUCUGGACUAGUGUACUUUGGUGACCACACAACCACCAUCUCUGGACCAAUGUACUCUGGUGACCACACAACCACCACCUCUGGACUAGUGUACUCUGGCGACCACACAACCACCACCUCUGGACUAGUGUACUCUGGUGACCACACAACCACAACCUCUGGACUAGGAAAUUUUUCUCACAAAAACAAAUUUUGGACUUUCAGUAAACAGCUUUUCCAUCACAUCCCAAGACUCCAUCAUCUGGAGACGGAUGAGUGGAGGCUGUGUUGUCUAGCAAGACACGUGGAGAAGUGUCUACCUGAAGCAGAUGAGUUCUCUUCGUGUGAGGACCUCAUGUCCAACCUGGUGCUGCGGGUGUGUAUCUGGAUCCUGGGCUUCACUGCUCUCCUUGGCAACUCCUUCGUCAUCAUCUGGCGAAGUCUCUACUCCAGCGGGAACAAGAUGCACUCGUUCCUUAUUGUCAACUUGGGAGUGGGCGACUUUCUGAUGGGGGUAUACCUAGUGAUAGUAGCGGCCGUUGACCUGCAAUAUCGAGGCGUGUAUGCUGCCUACGAGCUCUCCUGGAGGACCUCUGCCCUCUGUCAACUGGCUGGAUUCAUCAGCACCUUCUCUUCUGAGCUCUCUGUCUUCACUCUCACAGUGAUCACAGUGGAUCGCCUGAUAGUCAUCAAGUUUCCCUUCGGCGUGCGGAUGGUUGAGGGUGGCGUGACGAGGAUGGUGAUGGUGUGGGUGUGGUUAUUAGUGGGCUUCCUCUCUGCCCUCCCCCUCACCCACCUCGAAUACUUCGGUAACUUCUACGGUCGAUCAGGCGUGUGUCUGGCGCUGCACAUCACCAACGAGAAGCCAAACGGCUGGGAGUACGCAGUUUUUAUUUUCUUAGUUCUGAACUUGCUGUCAUUCGGAGUUAUCGCCGUCAGCUACGUUCUGAUGUACGUGGCUGCCAAGGACACACAGACAGCUGUACGUACACGUACGGAGUCUGGUGGAGGGGACAGAAAUAUGGCCAAACGGAUGACAUUGAUCGUAGCAACAGAUGCUGCCUGCUGGCUGCCUAUCAUCUUCCUGGGCAUAGCAUCUCUCUGUGGCGUCACCAUCCCAGCCAAGGUGUUCUCGUGGAUUGCAGUGUUCGUAUUGCCGCUGAACGCCGCCAUCAACCCUGUGCUGUACACGUUGUCAACGGCACCUGUGAGGAAGAGACUGCGGCACCUGCGGCGCGGUGUCUCCACUGUACACUCCAAGUCUGCGUCAGCAGUGUCAGGUGGGCGUCUUCCGUCGUCCUUCAAGAUGCGUAUAUCGACAGAUGUGACGGACCUGGGCCAAACUACAGAUUCUGAGACACGAGUCAACGCCAAGUCAUCUGUGUGUGUGUAUACUCCGGCAGCUCCUGUCUCCACAGAGCUCUCUCGCUAUGUCCACGGGACUCCUGAGAGAAGCAGACAAGAGACUGAUAAUGGUCCUGAAGAGUCUUUGCUGGCCACACUCAAUGGUGGUGAGGGAAUCCACAUGACUCUUUCAUUGCAGGAUUCAUCUGAGGUGUUUCACGAGUAUUCGGAUCCCGGGGCGAUGGAGCUUGUGCCACUGGAGGAGCUCACAACUACUCUUACCAACACCAAGAAGUCUUCCAGCCGUAAGAAUAAUAAAAAGAAGAACUUCUCGGACAACCGUUACGAUUAAGACGAACCAAAACGCCAUCUAUAGUUUCUUUCCCAGUGUGUAUUAGAUGUUGAUUUCUGGAUGAUACAACUCUGUAUUGAUAGGCUUUCAGAAAGUAAUAUGUAAAGUUUCAAACAGUGUAUCUAAAAAUGCACGAAAUAUGAAGUGUCCAGAAAAUUAGAUGUGGUCCACUUGGGACAUUAAAUUAUCAGCUGAAAGUUUAUUUAAAAAUAUCAACGUUUCUCUCAAUUUUCAAACAAUCAAGAACUUUAUUGAGCGUUAUAUCAUAUUAAUCAUUUAACAUGAUUAAUUGGGCUGAAGUAAAAUUUGCUCAUGUUCAUGAAACAAUUUAUGAUACAGUGAAUGAAAAGCCAGCAUAAUAACUGAUGCAGGAGCUGGCUGCCUCUCCUGGUAAGCUCGAGGGUUCAAGCCAGUGUUCUUGUUUAUCAUAUAACACACCACUGAGAACCUGCGAUCAUCUCUCUCUUGCGUUGACAGAAGUAUGGUACUUAAAGAUGGUAACCACAAGAUGCCUCCGAGAGGCAAGUGUCAGAUUUAUUUUUUGCUUCGCAGCAACUACGCAUUUACAACUAUAACAUCGAAAAAUAUAUGAAACUCGACCACCAUCAUUUCCUCUGGCGCAUUCUUGUUCAACAAUUUAAUAUCCAUUGAUCCAUCUGAUCCGUUCCUCCCACGAAAUUGUUCAGUUUUCACUGCUUAUGGUUGAUUUUGUGGAAUAUUGGUUUUCUUAUCCAUGGAAUUCCUUUGUUCUUCAGAUUUCCGAUGAUUUAAAAUUAGAUGCUAAAAUCAGUUCAUUAUUGGCUUUUUUAUCAUUACUUACGUUGAAAACAGAAACUCUAUUGAAUAUCUCUUAUUUUUCAUCAGGUCCAAAAUUUCAUGAGUAGUCUACCUAGAAAAAUAAAUAUCAUAAGUAAUGGAUAACUAAAUUAUAAUGAACACCUGCCAAUGUUCAGUAAUAGUCCGAAUGGAGAGAGAAACUCAGAACAUUAAUUGGUCUGUAUAUAUCGAUCCCCUUCUGGUAUCCUCUUCAGUAGAUUCAUAAGUGAAAGGAGAGCAUAAAUAUAUAGGGAAGGUUGCACCUCGCCCCAUACUAGGGAGUGGCACUUAGGGAGACGUGUCAAGUAGUGAGUAGAUGAGAAGACAAGAGUUACCCAAAUUUUUAGCUUUACCUCAGGUCUUGUCUUCUCACCAACUCUUUACUUGACACUUUCCCCUCUCGUACCAAUUCCUUGUACAGAAUAAGUUGCACUUACGUAUCUGCUGAAGAGGAUCCCAGAAGGGGAUCCAAAUAUACAGACCAGUUAAUCUUCUCAGUUUCUGUCUCCAUUUGGGUUAUUAUUGAUCAUAAAUAAAAGAUCGUCAUGAAUUAUGUAAGAUUGAUAAAAAAUAUUUGAAAAAACAAUUACCAUGCACAAAACAAUUUUCAGAUAUGCGCUACUUUUCGCUUCCUGAUCACUUUGUCCCAAACAACAUAUGUGUAGCCACGUGUGCUAUAAUGGACAGCGUCCGGUGAAUUGGAUGCUGAUGGUUGGGUAUUUGAGUAUAAGCAUUUCAAUUACACUAGUGGUCAUUAAGGCUGUAUAUAUAAACUCUGUUUAUCGCCACUCGAAAAUUCGUUAUUCCCAAAACUAAGAAUUAAAGGAAACUCGAAGCUAAUAUACAAUGAGAGAUAUACUCGUACACUCUCGGCGUAUAUAUGGAUUGUUUAAAACAGUGAUAUGUGUUUUUAAGCUGCAAGUUAGUCAGGCCUUCUUUGUCAGAAAUAAAAUAAUUACUUUCUCAGUACAGGUAACGUCAGUUAUAGAUUAACACGAUGUGUUGACUGGCAGCAAGAGGGAACCACGAGUCAUUAUACAAGACAGGGAAACACCUUGCUUAUAUACAAACUGUUAAAUACGAUCACUAACACACAAACUAUAUCACCUCAGCGAAGAAUGUCGCUUUGAGGAGGUGAGUCAGAGUCUUGAAAUCACCACUGUCGCUUCCAUCUCCAGUUUCUCAAUCUGCUUCUGAAUUAAUUUCUCCAAAACAAUAAACGUAAGCAUGCAUUCUUAAGCUAGUAUUACUCGCCGAAGCAUAACAAGUUGGCCAGACUAGUACAAACUAAACCUGCCCAACCGAUAAUUGCAUAUUUGACGGUAAAUGGCACAAUGCGCAAUCAGUGGCAUACAGUGGAUAUUCAAGCUUUCUCGAGACUGAAGCUGGAGACAACGUAAGAAGGAAGGAACACUGCAGCAGGCCUAUUGGCCCAUACAUAGAAUAUGAGUGAUCAGAACAAAAUUAAUGUUGGACUUCCCUCACAGUCUUGUGGCCCACCGUUUUUUAAGUAAUAUAUUCUAAGUGAUACAACGUGUAUGGAGAAGUUCAGAGAAGGUUUUUAACCUUCAAAAAAAAAAAAAUGCAGUCAAACGUGGUAGACAGAGGUUUUAAACCAUGAAGUUUGUGCAGUAAUAACUGUCAUCUUGUUAUGUCAAAGUCUUCUCAGUGGCCAACACUGUCGCGGUGACGAAUUAUAUGCGUCUCGAGGCCUGAAGUAUAUCGUUUCUAAACUUAUUAAAUAAUCUAGUCUGACUGUGUAAGUGCGGAAAGCAAAGCUCUGAUCCUUUAACAAGUUAUAUAACUCUACAAAAAGUAGUGUUUUUUUUAUCAUUCUUUCCAUGACUUUGCUGGAGCAAUCAGUCACGGUAACAGGAUAGAAAAGAGAAAGGGUCUAUAUUUGGUACUCGACACAACUAGCACAUAACAAGUGUGGACACAUGCUCGAUGUCCAAUUAUUGUCGCAUAAAGCAUCACCAGCACAACCGAGUAUUUUACCUUCACAGAAUUUUAGUAUUUUAGGAAAAGGCAAAGGUCGUGUAUAGUGGCAAAAAUUUAUUGGCUUGAGAUCGGACUGAACUUGGUGCUGCAAGAAAGAUGGGUGGUAGUUAGUCAAGCUGGUACUGAAUGCAGAACACGUCACGAUGGUGGUGACUAUAUCACUGGGGUGUCUGGCGUUCUUAACUCUGAAGGGGAGAGAUAGAGUGUUGAGCGUAUUUCUUGGUGAUGCAGUGGACCUGACCUAGCACGAGCAUGUUUAAUUUUUUUACGUUUAAACUUUCAAAAGUGCUGCAUAGUGAGCUCUUUUUUGAAAAUUAGGAAAAAUAUAUUCCUAAGAGCGCUUAAUUGCAUUCUGAGGUCCAUCAGGAAACCUUAUGUCUUUGGGGAAUUAUCGAGGUGUAGAGAAGAGGUAAAUUAGCAGCCCUCAUGGUUGAUAGUGUCAGGUACUGUACCGUUGUGACAAUGUCUUUUCUGAAUGUAUCGAGCUCAGUAACUCAUCAGACUAGCCCCAAUCUGCUUUCUUGAAAUUAUAGGAGUUAACUUGAGAACAAAUAGGGAUGUUGUAAUCAUAAGAUCGAGAAAUGAUCAUGACUCAAGUAUCUGCCACUGACGCCCUAUGUAAUGUGCUAUGUCCGGAGACCAGUUCCACUGCUGUCGUUCAUAAGAGUGAUGUUUGAAUUUAAAAUUAUUCUGGCAGUUUGUAUACCUCUACUGUUUGUUCUGAGGUAUGCCAGCUGAUAUUGAUGGACAGUGAAAUCUUCUACAGUGAGUUUAAGUUUGUCAUCUGUUCACCAUCAGUCAAGAAUUCGUAACCCAUAAUUCAUAACUGUAAAAAUGUUGUGGUACCCGACAAAUAGCAUCUGAUAGAUAAUGUGCUGUAAAUAUUAUAUAUGAUGAUAUUUGCAUUUAUGACAGUAAGCAAAUGUGUUCAGUAACAUCUUAUGUGUUAUCAAGAGAAUGUUAGAAAUUAUUACAUUUUGAGAACAGUGUAUAAAUUCAUCAUAUGUGAUAUAGCAGACCUUGAAUGACUUGUCGCCAUGAUGAGUGUAAACAUAGAUUUCACACAUUUACCAGAGAAAAUAAUAAAGAUCAUAUUUGAAUACAAUAGAAAAGACUUUGUAGGAAGUGUAAUUAAAAAAAGACAGUAAUAAUUAUGAAUGGUUCUUUCAGUGUAAGCCACGCUUGUUGUGCCCGGUUGCUUGGACACUGUCCAUUAACAGAGUAGUUGUGAGGAAACUACAACUCUAACACACUUCUUUUUAGUAAUUAGUAACCGUGAUUACCAAUGUUCAUUCAUGUGCUUACAUAUCUGUAUAAUUGUCAGUGUAUAAAAAAGUACAGUGAGCAGACAAAUCGAUAAUAAAUAAAUGAGUGUGCAUCUGCGCGUGUAUCCACAUGUUUGUGGUUCUUUAUAUAACUUUCUAUCUAUUAAUCUAUUUAUCUAUAUAUAUGCAAAACAACCACUGUGAAAGAGUAGUGAAAUUCCAAGUGCUGUCGUGACUUCUCACAUUGAUAAUGUGAAAAGUCACGAAAACUCUUGGUAUUUCAC